GCAUACCCGGCGCAGCAGCCCAUGGCUCCUCCACCCUACCAGCAGGCGUUCGCCUACUCGGCAGCUGGCCAGUACCCUGAGGCUCCUGCUCCCUACCCUUACGCUCCGAGCUACCCAGCCCCAGCUUCGGCCACCUACCCGUCCCCUGCUGGUUAUCAGUACCCCCCAAGAUACCCCGCGUUGACGGCAGCAGCUCCAACGGCCUACUAUCCUUAUGCCCAGCCCCAGGCGGCCUACUCCUACCCCCAGCAGCCCUACUCCUACCCCCAGCAGCAGCCCUACUCCUACCCCCAGCAGGCUUACUCCUACCCCCAGCCGUACGCACCCCCGACAUACCCCAGCAGUACUGCUGCUCAGCAGGGAGUGACGGAGACGCGGGCGAGCUCCAUCCCGAGCAGCGUAGGAGGAGGAGGAGGAGGAGAUAGUCUAUGGAAGAUCUUCUCUUCGGGUUCCCCGUCCCCCGCGCAGGUCCCCGGUGGCUUAGGACAGGAGACAGACCUCUCACAGACGGACUCCUCCUCUUCCACCGGCAUCUCGCCUGGAGCAGUAGCAAACCUUGGAAGCUCAAGCUCUUCCAAACGUCUUUCUCCCGCGAAGAGAGCUCAGAUUGCAGCUCAGAUGCAAGCUUUGCGUGAAAGUAUUCUCUCCGACUUCUCAGCAACGGAGCAGAUUGGAAAGAAAGCAUGCGAGCCCAUCUGCAAGUAACGACCUCCUCUGGCCGCCUCCUCUCGUUUUGUUUUUCUAUUGUACAUGGAGAGGAAGAAAAAGAAUAUCAACUACAAGU